AUGCCAACAAGUUUAGCUAAAGAAUCGGCAGCUUAUGCUGCAGUUGAUGAAAACAUUCGUAGUAAUGUUCAUAUUAUUGGCAUUGGAUCAGGCUCAACAAUUGUUCCAGCAGUGCAAAGAAUUGCGGAAAUCGUCCAUAAAGACAACCUUGAUUUAAUUUGUGUUCCGUCUUCAUUACAAGUUUGUGUUCAGCUUGAAGAACUUAAUAGAUAA